CAGAAAGUUAUAUAUGGGUGGUAUGAAGGCUUUCUUGGGUGCUCUUGUUUUACUUAGUUUACUGUGGCUCAUUUUGUAUGGUAUUUUAGUCAAUCAGGAAACUAAAAUAAUCACUGCUACGACGAUCGAUCGUUUAGAUUUUUGGAAGAUAACACAAACUGAAAGGUAUGAUCUUCAAAAGAGCCUUAAUUAUGUGAGCAAAAGAAUUCAAAUCAAUGCCAUACCAAACAGGAAAGCAGGGAAAGGAACUAGGGCUGCCACCAAAAAUGUAAGUGCUAGAGCAAUCAAACAUGUAGAUGUUUGGAAGAUAAUAGAAGCUGAGAAGCAAUAUCUUCAAAGAAAUCCAAAUUUCAAUUAUGUGAGCAAAAGAAGAGUGCCUACUGGACCAAAUGCCAUUCACAACAGGAAAGUAGGGGAGUAUAGAGAGCCACCCAAUCGAGCUUGAGCUUAGGAAGACACUUGAAAGUACCAUAUUUACAACAUACAUUGCAGUGAAGACGAGUACAAUUUUCUUAAAUAUUUUGAAUUAUUAACUAGUAC